AUGUCAUCUCUAAACAGGUGUGUCUUCACAGAUGGACCAUUCGUGUUUUCAGCAGCUCUUAUUAAUGUCAUGAAAUUGAAACAAGUAACAACAACAGGAGGGGAGAUGUUAAGAAGUGCUUCUGACAUCGUAAGCAUCGAAGUUUACGACAAAAAUGGCAAGAAAAUGAGUAUCAAUUGUGAGAUUAAAUUUCCUGUUAUUAAGAAUGUAUUUAGUUCGAGUGCGCAUCAUAUUCCAUUAUGUCACUUUAUACAGGAUAUUGACGGACCUGGUCAUUGGUCAACAAAGGGUUGUGAAACGGUCUAUGACAACUACCUGGAGAAGGGUGUGACGUGUAAAUGCACACACCUGACUUCUUUUGUCAUUCUGAUGAAACCAACGCAGGAGAAAGAAAGUUUUUCCCGGCUUACAAUAAUUGGACUUGCAAUUUCUAGUAUUUUUCUCAUUAUCACGCUUAUUAUCAUCUGUGUUUUAAAGUAA